AUGUUACAGGCACACGCAAUACCCGAUGGUGGCAUCAACUUCACAACGGAUGAUCUCGCAGAUAUCUUGGAGUCAUCAAUAUCCGCAAGCUUUGAGGUCUACUUAGGAGCAUUGCAGAAGACGACGUCACGAUUGGACACGAAUGGCCCUCGGAUCCAAACACCUGGUAAUGUUUCUGAAUCAUCUGAGAUACACUUAGUUCAGAUGCCAUCAUUGUCUCUCUUCACCGGUGCCCGCCAGACGACCCCUUACAUAUCGGCCCGGACAGCAUUUUUCGGGGCUCGUGGCUUUGCAGCCCCCGAGACUCUUGUGCUAUGCUUGGCACUCCGACCGUGUGGCUCCGUGAAUAAGAUCCGCCCAGCCAUUAUUUCUCUAGACAGUAUAUUCAUGAAAGCCGACAUUCAGCAUAUCGCUGAUAAUUUGGUGGAAGAGUCGUUUCGGACCGAAGUCUUACAUCAGCAGACGACGGGCCUAGAAAGAUGCCGGUCAGCUCUCCCUAAAGUCACAGUCUCCCUGAGGUUCCACGCCCACAUUGCUGUCAGAGACGGGUUGAUACAAGCUGAUUUGAUGCUGGUUGGCUGCUUGAAGGUCUUUGUAAGCAGGAAACAUUUAGGCAUCAAAGGAUGGACUUUAGAAUCUUCAGCCACGAAGAAGUGCCACCCAGCUAUCAAGGAGGCAGAAAGGAAGGGCUUAUCUCACUCAGUUUUCCAAACCGAGGUUGAACUUACUGACUCGACGAAGAAAAUGCGAAAAGCAUUUUCAAUGAAGUGGCUACUCAUUGGCAGUCUGUAUGUCGAGAUGAAGCUCAUUUCAUCAUCUAACUUGAAGGCCAUAAACUAG